AUGGCAAACAUUUUCAUGCCAAAACAAUGGAUAAAUAUUAUUUGGUUAGUAACCAUUAUAAAUUUGGAUAGUUUUAAUACAGUUAAAGGAAAUAAAAAAGUGGAAAAACAAGUGACACCUUCAAUUCCAAAUGUAAGAAAAUAUCUCUGUUGUGUCAGGCAAAAAAAAAUGAUAGACGUUGGCCACGGUAUAUCUGGUGAAGUAAUUCAAAUUGAUACUGGAUAUUGCAAAAGCUUUUGUCAUCGACAUUUUGUUGAUGAUUCCGGAGAUCUUAGUCGGCCUGCGAUUCAGAAAUGCAUGCCAAACACGCAAUGUCGUCCAAGAACAGCAAGAUUAGAUAGAAUUUCAACAAUAGAAGGUGUUAAAACGAUUGAAGUUAUCGAUAGUUGCGAUUGUUCUACAGGGCAAAAAUGUCGACGAGACGUAUAUUCACAAAUUUUGUAUAUGGGAACUCCGUAUCAAGUUGAAAUAGAUGUGGGUAUUUGUGUUGGUCGGUGCAAAAAAUUUCAUUGCAGACCAACUAAAAAUUCUUCCGUUAGUAUACAUGGACCAAAUGGUGACGAAGUUCAUCAAGUUAUAGAAAGAUGUAGUUGCACUGGAAGUUGUCAUAGAAUGGACCGUGUAGAGACAAUAUUGGACUUUAGUGGUAUUGAAAUAAAAGAAGACAUGAAUAUAGCGGAGGCCAAACCAAUACUGAGACAAAUAAAUAUCGGUCAAUGUGUUGGAGAAUGUUCUGGCAAUACUACGGAAACGUGUAUAUUACGAGAUAAGAAGAAUCCUACAAAGUGCCUUGCUGCUGUUUAUUCCAAGAAUCAAAAUUGCAUUGCUGUAAAAUUUAAGGUUCACGAAUAUAGAACACGGCGAGGAAUGAAAAGAGAUAUUAUCCAAAUACUUCAAUGUGCGUGUGUUUAGUUUAAUU